CUUCCUUUGCUUGACCAUGGCAACCAUAACUAAUACGACAACCACGGCUAUCACGGCCAUUGGCAGUCCAACUCUGACCUUCCGACCCCUUCACCCCACAUUAGGUGCCGAGUGUGAGGGCGUGGAUUUCUCGAAACCAGUCCCGGACGCUGUCAUCGAACAGCUUCGUGCCGCAAUGGCUAAAUAUGGCAUCCUGGUCUUUCGUGCCACCGGACUUGACGAUGCACGCCACACUGCCUUUGCGCGCCAAUUAGGCGAACCGAUGGUGGAUAGCGCAGUCGGGAAACCGGGAGUGCCAAACCGACUCGAUCCUAAAGGUGAGCUGAUGGACAUUGGGAAUGUGGACGGCGACGGUCGGAUCCUGUCGACAACGUCGUGGCGGUCGCAGCUGCUCCGGGGCACACGCCUCUUCCACGUAGAUGGCUCCUACUUCCCACGCCGAGCGGGAUAUAGCCUUCUCCAUGCACAUCAACUGCCCCCAAGGGGAACCGGCGGCGCAACGGCGUUUGCCGACACCAGGACUGCUUAUGCCGACCUAGCGGAGGAGACCAAGAACGAAGUUCAGAAUCAUGUGCUAUGGCAUUCGCUCAUGCAGAGUCGAUGUUUGGGAGCCCCGGAGAAUUGGCUCAUCAGGUUAUUGGUUUUCGUCUCCGACUUGGAUGACCUCCGUCGUCUUCCAUAUCUAAUGGCCGUGGGUCUGAUAGCUCGUGUACUGGAGAUUUGGGUCCAGAUUGUGGACAUCAGCCUGCUCUUAGUGUUCUGUUACGCUUUGAUGCGGAUCCUUGUGCUGAGGUUGCUGCCUGAGGCUGCAACAUCGCGUGGACGUCAUCAACUGGUACAGCUGCACAAGCCCAGCAAUCGAAUGAAUCUGUACUUGGGAUCACAUGCGUACCAGAUAGACGGAUGGAGCAGGGCAGACAGCAAACCUGUGAUUGAGGCACUGAUGCGGCAUGCUAGUCAGGAUAAAUAUGUCCUCACUGUGGACUGGCAGAACAACGGAGACAUGAUUAUGUGGGACAACACUUGUGUGAUGCACCGAUCAUGUGGUGGCUCAUAUCAAGGACGGUAUGUGCGUGACAUGCGGAGGGCCACAAUCUUCGACUCCGCGUAG